UAAUCGCAACCUGCAAUACCUCACGAGUGAUUAACUCUCUCGUGUGUGUACAUCGUCAUAUAUAUUUAUAAACAAUAAAAAUCCCUUGGACUAAAAAUUUAAAGUUCAAAAAAUUCAAAAAUCUUAAAAUCCGCGCGCUUUUUAAAAAAUUUUUUUUUUUACAUAAAAUUAAGUCACUAAUAAUUAAAAUGGCCUGUAAUAAAAUACUUAACCUCUCUAGCUCUGCAAAGUGCUGCGACUUUUGGUUUACAAGAAUCUCGCUGAUAGUUUUCAGGCCGUACAGCGAAUCAAGAUUACGACGCCUGGAAAAAAAAUGGGAGAUACCUCCCCGACCUAAACGACCUCUGAACCCGUUCUUCAAGUUCGCGGCUCACAGAAGGGAGGAAUUAAUGAAAGAAAAUCCGCAACUCAAACCCACCCAAAUAAUGGAAAAAUUGGGUGAGAAAUUUCGCUCUUAUGAUGAAAAUUAUAAGAACAAAUUGCAGAGAGAGUACAUUCAGGAGAUGAAUGACUACUCGAGACAGAUGAUGUUGUACGAGAAGUCACUGACUAACGAGCAAAAGAAAACAUUAAAGAGUCUGGCGGAAAAGCGGGCGGAGUUGAAGGAAAAGUCUAAAGAGCGGCAGAGGCUGAAGGACUUGGGAAAGCCGAGAAAACCCCCGCCGGUGAUCUCUCUGUUCUUGUCUUCGAAAAUGGAUACGAAGAAAGAUGAUGAUCAAUAUCAGAAGUGGAUAAGUCAAAUGUGCAAGGAAUGGACAUUAUUACCGACCAAGGAACGGGAAAAAUAUGAAACAGAGCAUAAGAAAUUGACGGAGCAGUACAUGAAUAAAUUGAUAGUUUGGGAGGCUGAGAUGAUUAGAUUGGGACACAUCGACGUUGUGAGACGCCGAGUACUUCUAGAUUUGAGGGAGAAAGGUGCGAGGGAGGAUUAAAAUUUGAGCCUGUAAAAUCAUUUUUUUUUUUUUUUUUUUUCAUAAGUUGUGAUUUUAAAAAUAAUU